ACAGAAGGAGGAGAGAAGGGACUAUAUUUGAAUAGGUAUUAAUAAAUUUAUUAGAUACUUUUCACAAUCAGAUAACUUUAAAAUAUUAUUUUUAUCUUCUAAGGACAUAAGCCUUAACAACAUCAACAUUUGAAGAUAUUCCCCAAUAAUAAGUUUAUAUAUAUAUAUACAUAUAUAUAUUUGAAAUAAAAAAAAUUGUUAGCCAUGUUUUUUGCUCCAGGAUGUGUGGCCAUUCCAGGCUGUGAGCCCUGGGUAUGCACACAAAUAAGCCUGUGUGCUCUGAAGACCCCCGCACAUUGUAAUAAACACAGCUGCAUUUAUUUGAGUAUGUGCUCCCAUGUACGUGUAAAAACACUCAAACAAACACACUCGGCAGAUUUAUGUCAUGUGCAAACGGGGCAAUUAUUCAAAUAAAUAUGCUCAAUACAAUUAUUUGAGUCUCGCAUCGCAUGCUCACCACUCACAGCACUAACACUAAAAGAGGGGGAAACACCAAAGAAUUUACGUGGGGGAAAAUAUAUGUGAAAACAAUGUUAUUGUAGAUGUUCUAAGGUAGCUAAGGCUGUGGCUCCCUUCUUAACUGAAACGCAAUGAUUUUGUACUCAGUGGCAUUUGUUUCUAACGAUGACUAGAACUUCACUCGCUUGAUCAUUACAUCAGAAUGACGACAGAAUUUGGAUUCAUGUAAUAGCAAACUUUCUGAAGCAGAUAGGGAUGACACAUCUCUAUAUUUCAAAAGCGGAACAGUCCUUUCUGCCUCCCUUACAUCAGUGGAAUGCUGAUGCAUUAUUACGGCUCACAUACGACGUAGCUAUAAAUUUAAAAUGUUACACACACAUAGAAAAAAAAAACAUUCCUACAUUUUAAACCAUUAAAAAGUCACAGAUGACUCGUGUGAUCAUUUUAUAUAUUAAUAAAUACUACAAUAUAUACGCGAACACAUCACAAAUCACAUUGGUGAACCUAGAGGCUGCAGUGCCUCUCUUCAGUAUACUGACAUAACCUGAUAUACUAAAAUGGGAAGGGGCUUUUAGUCACUGAAUAUGCAUCGUGAAACAAAGACGAAGAAAAUACAUGACGUGUUCCCAUCAUGAAAAAGAUUCAUACUGAAGGCUUAGCUUUGGUUUUUAUUCAAUUAAAUUGUCAAACUGUGCACAGUGAACUUUUUUUUUUUUUUUAGAACUUGAGACAUUUGUGAUGUUGGCUGUUUAAAUCUUUGUUACCUUCGCUGUGAAUUGAAAUUGUACAUAUUUAGUAAAUCAUGCAAACAAAACCAACUUUUUAGACAAUAUUUUUAUUGGAGAGUUUUCUUUUCCUGUAUCCAUGUUUUAAAAAAAAAAGACCUCCUUUCCCAAAAUAAAAGAUGUCAAUACUAAAUUUAAAGAAGUAUAAAGGAAUAAUUGCUUCCUUUAGAGCAAAUACUUAAAUAAAUAUGGAGAGAAUUGGCAACAUGUUCGUUUGGGGCUAAUAGGCUGUGUUCAAUUUUUUGGGGGGGGGGUUAAAGUUUCAGAAGGCCUCUGUUUCACAUUUGAAGAUAAUAUAUUAAUCUCUGAAUUAAACAAAUGCUCUUAAGCAACAGGA